AUGCCGACCGAAUUCGAUGAAAAAACCCUCAAAGUGAUUGCGGAGUCUUUCGGAGCAGGGGAACGAAUCUCCAAUGAACAAGAAAGUUUCUUCAAUGCAUCAUUCAGGUUUGAAAAAGCGGAUCCCGCAUGGAUUUACGUAAAGGUAGGCUUAAUUUUGCAAGUACAUCAAUCUGCAGGGUUUACAUAGGCAUAGGUUUUGGUUAUGGGGCAAAAAAAGAGUAAAUUAGAAUUUCAGGGCUAUCGUCGGAACCGGAAGACCAUCAGCUUUGAAGCGAGGUUGAAGAAGAUGAAAGAAACGCAAGCCAACCGCUCCACAAUGCCCUCAAUUUGGAAGAAAUUGAGGGCACUGAUGACAAAGAUAACAUAAUAGUUCAAAUCGUAAGAAACGCCUAUGCAGGAAGGACUAGAACCCUGAGCAGAAAAGGGUUUUGAAAAGAUGUAUCUGCGUUAAAAUUUUAAGACAUUUACGACUUAUGCAGCAUUCGUAAGAUUACUGCAAAACUCAGCGGAGACGCAGCAUGGAUACAUAGAAACCAUAAAGCAUACAAUCGUAAGUUAAAUUAUGCGCUUAUUUUCAGACCAACAACGGCAGGGAUGGAAAUCGCCACAAAGAAGUUCUGUGCGCAGGAAUGAGUAAGAGCGGAUCAACCACGUAAUUGAAGACGGUAACAACUGAUCCAAUCCGUUGCCACAGACAAAACGCACCUGGCAAGUGAAACAGUAGGUGAUAAAUAGAAAAAAGAGUUUGGUAUACGUUAUCGAGCAAGACGACGAGUACAACUGCGGGAUCGUAAAAAAUAUCUAACCGAAAAUAAUGACUACGAUAUAUUAUCCGCCAAAAAGACGUUAUUAACUGCGGAAUCGUAAAAAAAUAUCUAACCGAAAUGAUGACUACGAUAUAUUAUCCGCCAAACAGACUCGUUUAAUUGUGGGUGCGUAAAAAAAGAUGCAAAAGACCAAUUGAUUUGGCAGUUUGCAUCGGGAAGCGAAACCAAUUCAUAUCGUGAUUAUCAAACCAGAAGAAGCUGUCAACGAUCUUCUCAUUUAUUCCAGGACGUGCCGACUUGUGCGUAUACAGUGUGGCACAUAUACACAUGACUAAUUUGCUAAAGAAUGCAAACAAUACGACGAUUACAAUUGUGGAGUCGAAAUAAACACAGAGGCAGGGCAAGGAGGGUAAGUGUUCAAGAAAACGUGCGGAGACGGAGUAUGGAUACAUACAAACCAUCAAGUACACAAUCGUAAGUUAAGUUAACCGCUUAUUUUCAGACCAUCACAGUGUACACUGAUCCAAACUUAUACUACGCCUGCACGCGUUUGAUGAACCAUAUGGUUGGCCCAGAAGAGAUGGCAACCGCCCCAAAGAAGUUCUGUUCGAAAAUUAGAGGCGCAGGAAAAGACCGUUUUCGUAAUUGAAGACGGUAACAAUCCAUUCAAUCCGUCGUUACAGGGUAAAUACAGAUGGUAAAUUUGAGGAUUAAUUCAAGCAAUACGGCGGUUAUAAUUGCGGAGUCGUAAUAAUGACUGAGCCCAGCAGGGAUGGCAACCGCCCGCCGCAAAGAAGUGAUGUUUGCAGUAAUCGUAAUAAUUACAGUUUGUUAUGAAGAACAAUUCAUAGAACACCGAGGAUUUUCAUUUCCCAAAACCGUCAUCGAUUCUAACUACAGAAGAAAUGGGAACAGCAGUAAGUCAGUCAUAACGUGUCCAAGGGAUCGUAAUUAAAAUUUUUGACCUGCAAAGACGAUAACACGCCGUGGUAUGAUAUUUACCAGAUUCUGCGCAUAACUGUGCGUAAUUAUUUACCAGAUUGUGUGAAUACUUCUGCGCCAUUAAGACAACAAAUGGCAAUACCACAACUCAUAUUGUGAACUAAGGGAAGACUUAAUCCGCAGUGAUGGUGACAACAAACUGCUGUGAAGGAUUCAAGAAACGAGUUUCGCGUAGUCAUCCUGGACCUAACAAGAACAUUACCGGGGGCUUUAUGGAUGGUAUGUGGCAACUAUGAUCGCUUUAUAGUCGCCAUAAGCCGCACCCGCGAGCUGUUGAUCAUCAUAGGCUCGAAUGAUGUCGAUCGUCCCAGCUUCAAUAGUGACAGAAGUGCGGUCGACUUCCUCUACGAAUAUGUGGGAUCAAAUUUUAUUGCAUGUGGCAACUAUGAUCGCUUCGUAGUCGCAAUAAGCCGCGCCCGCGAGCUGUUGAUCAUUUUUUUUGAAAAUUUGAUAAAUGAUGACUAAAACAAUAUAAAAUUUUCUCCGUAACUGGAGUGAAAUAACUUUUUUUCAGAACCAUCGACGUGAGGCGGAACUCGAAGCAGCCAAUAAGCCGGGUCCCGCCCCUCCGACCAGUGUAAAGGUCAAAAAAUCGGAAAAAUUGGACAAAUCGGAAAAGUCCGAGAAAUCAGAGAAAUCGGCAAAGGAAUCGAAAAGUGGGCAAAGUAGUGAAACUUCAGAGAAGACUCAAACGGGCACCGACGCGAAACCCGAAAAGAAAAAGAAUGCCGACCUCAGCGCUAAGGAUCACCGCUCUGCAAAAGGCGCCAAAAAUAGCAUUGUCUAG